AUGUCCAUGACCACGCAAACGCUGCAAGGCGCCGUGCUGAGCAUAACAUCGAAUGUGCUCGCGCAAGCCAUAUCAGCCUACCGAUCCAAUUCACCAUUCACUCUCAACUUUUCUCAAGUCUACAAAUUCGCCCUCUUCAGCGUCCUCAGCAACCCACCCAACAUUAUUUGGCAAGGGUUUCUCGAAGACCAAUUCCCCACCAACGUGCGGACGCCAGCACAACCUUCCUCCGCCCAGAAAGGGAAGAAGCCUGACGCUAAUCAAACGACGCUUAGCAAAAGAAAUGUCCUGAUCAAGUUCCUGCUUGACCAGACAAUCGGCGCAUUAGUAAACACACUCAUGUUUAUCGCGUACAUGAGCUACAUCAACCACUCUCAGACUUCUGCGCAAGGUCAACUAGACAUGGGAGGGCCGUGGGAUGCAGUGAAGACAGAUUGUGGGGUCAAGACCUGGCCGAUGAUGAAAGAUGGAUAUAAAUUCUGGCCAUUGAUUAGUUUGGUGAGCUUUCUGUGGGUGCCAGUGGAGAGGAGGGUUGUAUUCGGGUGCUCGGUGGGUGUUAUCUGGGGAAUAUAUUUGAGUCUUGCAGCGGCCUAG